CGCCCCCGCGUGACAUCAGAGGGCGAGGCCUGAACCGGAAGCGGCGGGCGAGAGUCACGUGGUGCGCGAAGUUGGGUUGCGUAACACGUGGAGCCGGCGGAGACCCAGAGAGUGCUCCAUGGCGGGUGAGGCGCUCUCCGUGCUGCGGGGUCUGUCCCACGUGGGUGGCGCGGUAGCCUCGCUGCAGCGCGAGCGCCUGCGGGAGCGCGCGGCGCGAAGCGGCAGCAUCACGAAGGUGGCGGCCGCGUUGGCGGUGGAGAACGGCGCUGCCCUCGAGAGCUGGGUCAGCUCUGCAAUCGCCUCGUGGCAGGGCGCUUCGCCGGACAGCAUCUUGAUUCGAGCGAGGGCAGGAGGAAGCUUGUGCGAUGAUGCGUCGGGGGAGAGGGGGGAGCUCCCCUCCCAGAAGGACAAGAGGGCCCCUGGCGGAGUGGGGGCCCGGGCGGGGCCCGCGUGGCGCACCGCGGAGGCAGCCGGCAGCACCACGAGACACGCGGCCGGCACGGCGGGCUCCAGAGCGGGCCCCGGCAGGGGUUUGCACUGCGGAACCUCGCUGCCUCCGCUGGGCCCGCUACGUCGCCUCCACCAGGGCUCGUCGGCAGGCCGACUGACCGCGAGCGACAUCCGCAAGGCGCGGGAGGUGGCCGGGACGAAGGGCGGCGCCGGCAAAAUGGCGGCGCUCCCCAGGCACACGCUGAGCGAGCGCGCGCGAGAGAGAGCUGUUCCGGCCACCAAGAUCGCCAGGAUGGCCAACUUUGGCGGUCUGGCUGUGGGGCUUGGAAUUGGAGCUCUCACAGAAGUCGUGAAGAAAAGUUUUGGGAAAUCGGAACAAGCCGACGGUGGCGACUCCCUGCUGGCGGGGAGCGUGCUGCUCACGGAGGAGAACGCCGAGCGCAUCGUGGCCACGCUCUGCAAGGUGCGCGGUGCCGCCCUAAAGCUGGGACAGAUGCUCAGCAUCCAAGACAACAGCUUCAUAAACCCCCAAGUGCAGAAGAUCUUUGAGAGGGUGCGGCAGAGUGCCGACUUCAUGCCCUCCUGGCAAACCCAGAAGGUUCUGCAGAUGGAGCUGGGUUCGGACUGGAGGUCCCACAUGGGCUCCUUCCAGGAGAAGCCCUUCGCUGCUGCCUCCAUCGGACAGGUCCAUGCCGCCACCCUGCCCAGCGGAGACACGGUCGCUGUCAAAAUUCAGUACCCGGGAGUGGAGCAGAGCAUCGACAGUGACAUCGGCAACCUCAUGGGGGUCCUCUCGCUGGCACGCGCACUCCCCGACGGUUUGUUCGCCGACAGCGCGAUCGAGGUUCUGCGCCGGGAACUGGCGUGGGAGUGCGACUACAAGCGGGAGGCGGUGUGCACCCGGCGCUUCUGGGAGUUGCUGCAGGAUGACCCAUUGUUCGUGGUGCCGGAAGUGGUGAGCGAGCUGAGCAGCCGUCACAUCCUCACCACCCAGCUGCUCGCAGGCGAGCCACUUGAGCAAGCUCGCUCGCUCGACCAGGAGACUCGCAACCGGAUCUGUUCUGGUGUGUUGCAUCUGUGCCUGCGGGAGCUGUUUGAGUUCCGUUUCAUGCAGACCGAUCCCAACUGGUCCAACUUCCUUUACAACGCGAGCACCCAGCAGGUGGCUCUGCUGGACUUUGGGGCAAGCCGAGAGUUCAGCCAGCAGUUCACAGACGACUACAUCGAGGUCGUCAGGGCUGCUGCUGACGGAGACACAGAGCGAGUUCUGCAGAAAUCCCGCGACCUCAAAUUCCUCACGGGAUACGAGACUAAGGCGAUGGAGCGGGCGCACGUGGAUGCCGUGAUGAUCCUCGGCGAGCCCUUCAGGCGCGACGAGCCCUUCGACUUCGGGGCGCAGAGCACGACGGCGCGCAUCCAGGGCCUCGUGCCGGUGCUGCUGCGGCACCGGCUCACCGCGCCGCCGCCCGAGAGCUACUCGCUGCACCGCAAGAUGUCAGGCGCUUUCCUGCUGUGCGCCCGCCUGGGCGCGGUCAUCACCUGCAAGGACAUGUUCGACGACGUCUACCGGCGCUACUGGUCGCGUGACGACGAGGCUCCCGGCUCGCCGGCAGCGGGGCUGGUAGGGGCGGCGCCGCGAGCGGCGAGUGCCCAUUGAGCCCGUCGGAAAUCAAACCUCCACCCGCCCCCUUCUCCCCGCGCCAUCGAGUUGCCAACGCCGUGGUGGCAGCAGUGCGGAGAGCAUCCAGGGGAACGGGCGGGCGGCAGGUGCUUUAUUUUAUUUGUGCAAUUUAUUUUAAAUGCAGUACAGCAACGAAAUCGGCUCGUGGUCCCAGGUACUUGGUGGAUUUGUUACCGUCGCAGGAUAGUGAGAGAUGGGCACGGCUUGGGGGAAGGGUCUUCAUCCAUCCAGCGGUAGGUUGAUCAUUUCUGGUGAUGACUCAAAUCGGCCUUGGGCAGCACACAUACGUCGGUAUAACGAGUGACGUUCGGUGGACGGGAUUAAGUACGGUUGAACAUGGAGAGGGAAUGCGUCCGAGGGGAAAUCUGCAGAGAAAAUGGAGCUUUGAUAUAAUCUCGUGCCCGUGGGUGCUCAGUGGAUUGUUGCUUGGUAGGAUCGUGAGAGAUGGCGACGGCUUGAUCACGGGCGAUCGUGACGAUGAUGAUGACGCCGACAGUGAUGCUUCUCUUAUCCCCGCUGUAUUGCGGAUAAGGGGAGUUGUACGACAGUCCCGGAAACUUCUGCCGCCACAGCAGAGCGGUUGGCGGUUGCCCUCGUCCCGUCCGUUUUUAUUCUACGGCCGAUGUUGGCCUCGUCGCGGGGGUCGAGGUUUGUGUUCCGGCUCGUACAGAAGUCCCGGUGAGAGCGGGGGACGCGUGAACCCCCGGAUGGACAUUAAGAGCGGUUCCUGUUACAAACCGCGUCGCGUUUUAGAAACGAUGCCCUGUACGCGUGGAGGAGAUGGGUUUCCAUCCAAAUAAACUGGUGUGCAGGUUAA